AUGAGCGCCCUCCCGGAACCCCCCGCGGCUGAGUUCUUCAACGCCCCCGCGCGAUCGCGCGAGGAGCGAAUGGCGAUGAACGAUAAAGACGCGCUCGAGCGCUUGCGCCUCGGGAACCGCCGCGGCGGACACUACCGAUACGACCCGGAGGACAUGUACACGAAUCCGAUCGUGCCGAUGAAGAAAGCCGCCGCGUUCAUCAGCGAGGCGGAGCGGUUCGGCACGAACGCCGCCGCGGAGGAGUUCGAGCACCGGCAGCGGAAGAUACUCGAGAAAGAGGAAUUCUUCGAGCGGAAACGGAUGGCGACGUACGAGAAGGAGACUGCGCGGUGGGGCAAGGUGCACCAGCAAGACGCGUACUUUGACCAACGCGCGGAGGACCUCAAGGAGGAGCCCAUCUCCAACAACAACAAGUCCAAGGUGGAAUACGACCCGAUCACGCUGCAGUACCGCGACUCGUACGGCGGCCAGAUGCUUCGGUACGAGGACGAGCACGUCAAGUACAAGAGCGCGCUGCGAAGGGAGUUUUUGCAGCGGCAUCUGAAGAGCUCGGUGGAGUACAACACCAUCACGGGCGAGCCGCUCGUGGAUCGAUUCGUGAUGCCGGAUCGGCCGCAGCCGCCGCCCGAGCCGGCGCCGAGGGAACGCGAACAGAUUGGCCCGUUCCGCGUGGACGCGCUGUACGGCGACGAGCUCGAGACGCACGAGACGAUCGACGGGCCGAGGAACAAGUGGGAGCUCGAAUCCGCGAAGUUUGACGGCGCGCACGUGCCGGGCGCGCACACGCGCGAGGAGUACGAGUGGCUCGGGUUGGGGCAUCCGAAGAGCAACUACCUGAAGCCGCCGAGGGAAGGGAAGAACGGGUACGACGGCGAAACGUGGGGGGCGCUCGGGCCGAUCGACGGGAAGAACUUGAAGUGAGGGAGGGCGUUCCUCGCGCGUCGUGUACAUAUGUAUGUGUCCAAUGAAAACG